GUCAACAAUCUAAACAUAACCUCAAAAAUAAAUACACAAAUAUUAAUAAAAAAAUUAGAUGUUUUUGAGUAAAUUGUUUAGUAAAAUUGUAAUGUAGUAUGUCAUCUCGGAUUAUCGGGCCGAAAAUGGCUAGGGCUGAAGCGUUAUGCACCCAAUCUUUGUUGGAAGCUGGAGAACGACCCUUGGAGAGGCCUUUAGUGGAACCUGGGGAUGUAAAAACCCAAUUUGUGACUAGAGAGGGUACAUAUCGUUUGAUGACUCUUAGUGAAUAUUCCCGACCUAAUCGUGUAGGAUAUCAACCACAAGGACAAACACCACCACAAGUAAAAGUCUCAUUAAUAAGUCUACCAGAUGCAGGAGAGCGAAUAUGUUUUAAUUACGGCCGAGAACUUUACGUUUACGUUUAUAAAGGUAUUAAAAAAGCUGCUGAUUUAAGUAAACCUCUCGAUAAAAAAAUCUAUAAAGGUACAAGUCCUACUUGUCAUGAUUUUAAUAGUUUUGAAGCAAAUGGGGAUUCAAUUUCGAUUGUUGUUGGAUUUACUUCCGGUCAAGUCCAAGUUUUUGAUCCUUCUAUGAAAGAUUUAAAUAAACUCUUCAAUGAGGAGCGACAUAUUGAUAAAACUCGAAGUACUUGUGUCAAAUGGGUCCCAGAAAGUAAAAAUUUAUUUUUAUCAGCACAUUCAAAUGGUUAUUUGUAUUUAUAUAACCAUGAAUUAGCAUGUAAUAGUAGUCAAAUUCCUUCUUAUCAACCGUUUAAAUCAGGGGAUGGUUUUUCUGUGAGUUGCUCAAAAACGAAAUCUAGUCGAAAUCCGUUAUUUCGUUGGACAAUUGGGAAUGGAGCUGCUAUAAAUGAUAUGAGUUUUAGUCCAAAUGGAACUUAUUUAGCUAUUGUAUCACAAGAUGGGCUUUUAAGAGUUUUUCAAUACAACACAAUAGAAUUAGUUGGAACUGCUCGGUCGUAUUUUGGAGGACUUUUAUGUGUUGCUUGGUCUGGAGAUGGUCGUCUUUUAGCUGCUGGUGGUGAAGAUGAUUUGAUUACGAUUUAUUCGUUGGAACAAAAACGAGUUAUUGCUCGAGCUCAAGGUCAUCAUUCUUGGGUGUCAGCGGUUGCUUUCGAUGCAAAAUUAGAGGCGGAAUCGAAUUAUCGAAUAGGAUCUGUUGGACAUGAUACACAACUUUGUUUGUGGGAAUUACCAGAAGAGGCUUUAUCACCACCAAGACAGAGGGUUAAAAGAAAACCGGAUCCUUUACAAUUGGUUGGGACCCCAAUGUGUCCUCGAUUGGAUGAGUGCCCUCUUUUGGAGCCAUUGGUGUGUAAGAAAAUAGCCCAUGAAAGAUUGACUUCUAUUAUUUUUCAACCUGAUUGUAUUUUAACUGCUUGUCAGGAUGGAUAUGUUUAUACUUGGGCAAGGCCUCCAACUUGAAAUUAUUUCUUUUAUUAAAAUAUAAAAUAUUCUUUAUUAUCA